AUGGCGACGCGGUGCCUCGCAGGGUCUCUUCCCCUACUCUCCGCAUCCACAGCCGCCGCGGCGGCCAGGGCCCAGCCUCUCCCCUCCGCCGCCGCGCCCCGCCGCGUCCCAACACGCCUUUCGGUUGCCACGGGCGGGGAGCAGCAGCUCAUCACCGCGCAGGAUCCGGCGCAUGAACCUGACUAUGGAGUCGUUAGCAUUCAUCAUGUUGGAAUUCUGUGCGAAAAUCUUGAAAGGUCAAUGGCAUUCUACAAGGACCUCCUGGGUCUGAAGGUGAAUCCAGCUAGGCCAAAUGACAAGCUUCCAUACAGGGGUGCUUGGCUGUGGGUUGGUUCGGAGAUGAUCCACUUGAUGGAGCUACCAAAUCCUGAUCCACUGACAGGACGCCCCGAGCAUGGUGGACGUGAUCGUCACACCUGUAUAGCAAUUAAAGAUGUUUUGAAGCUGAAAGAAAUAUUUGACAAAGCUGGAAUCAGCUACACACUAAGCAAAUCCGGGAGGCCAGCGAUCUUUGCAAGAGACCCAGACGGGAAUGCCUUGGAGUUCACCCAAGUGUAG